CCCUCUGGAUUGGCCUUCAGAUCAUACUCCAAAAUGGGUGGUGGAAAAGGCGAAUUGAAUGUGAGUGUGAUGAAGGAGGAGGUGGUAACAGCGGUGCGGCCAAUGCACGAGCACUUGCUGCCACUCUCUAACCUUGACCUUCUUCUUCCCCCAUUAGACGUUGGCGUCUUCUUUUGCUACAACAGCCCUAUGCCAUUCUCCAUAUCCACUCACACCAACAACACUACAAUGAGCUUUGGAUCCGUGGUGGGGUCCUUGAAAAAUGCCUUGGCUCAAGCUCUUGUUUCUUAUUACCCUUUUGCUGGCGAAGUGGUGCUCAACUCCAUUGGCGAGCCUGAGCUUCUUUGCAAUAAUCGUGGGGUGGAUUUUGUUGAAGCUGUGGCUGAUGUUGAGUUACAGUGCCUCAAUUUAUACAACCCAGAUGACACCGUUGAAGGAAAGCUUGUUCCAAGGAAGAAGCAUGGAGUGCUUGCUGUUCAGGCAACUAGGCUAAAAUGUGGUGGGCUAAUAGUAGCAUGCACUUUUGACCAUCGCAUUGCUGAUGCACACUCUACAAACAUGUUCAUUGUAUCAUGGGCCGAGAUAGCCCACCCCAAUAAGCCCAAAAUCUCAACCCAGCCUUGCUUCCAGCGCUCGCUUCUAGACCCACGAGACCCACCUUUCAUUCACCCUUCUAUCCAUCACAUGUACGUUACCACGUCCAAACUCCCUCCUCUGUCCCAACCCAACCCGUUAAUCAGUCGCAUAUACUACGUAACGUGCGAACAACUCAACCGCAUGCAGUCAUUGGCUAGCUCAGAUGGCGUGAAACGCACGAAGUUUGAGUCUUUCUCAGCAUUCUUGUGGAAGAUGGUUUCGGCCAGUGCUUGUGAGGUUGGUGAAAAACGGGUAGUUGUGAAGAUGGGUGUGGUGGUUGAUGGAAGGAAGAGGCUUAGUGAUGGUGACAAGAAGAAGGAAGCAAUAAUGGGUUCGUAUUUUGGAAACGUGCUUUCUAUUCCCUUUGAUGGGAAACCCACUGAAGAGCUUGUGGAAAAGCCAUUGACUUGGGUGGCUGAACAAGUUCAUGAGUUUUUGGAAACGGCAAUAACGGAAGAGCAUUUUUUGGGGCUCAUUGACUGUGUUGAAGAACAUCGUCCUGUUCCUAUGUUGUCUAGGAUUUACUGUGGUAGCACUAACGAAGAGGGACCGGCUUUUGUUGUUUCUUCCGGUCAAAGGUUUCCGGAGUCAAAGGUUGACUUUGGGUGGGGGAAGCCUGUGUUUGCGUCCUACCAUUUUCCUUGGGAUGGUGAUGCUGGCUAUGUUAUGCCAAUGCCAAGUCCUGCUAGGAAUGGUGAUUGGUUGGUCUAUAUGCACCUUCUCAAGCGUCACUUGGACUUCAUGGAAUCUCAUGCCCCCCAUUUCUUUAGGCCUUUCUCUUGGCAUUACUUGAGGCUCAAUCGAUGUUGA